UUUAGCGGGGCAAGUCGUUUUAUUUGGAGUGCGGGCAUCCAAAAAAAUGUCUUCCAAUUGUUACGUGGACGCGGUGCUGCAGGGCGCGGAACCGGAGGACGUGUACGGAGCCCGCUUCAUGCCGCCCCCGCACACCAUGGCCCCGAUAAGGCCUCCAGGCGCCGGUAACCACGCUGACUUCUCCCCUUGCACUUUCACGCCUAAAUCCGCCGUCUUCUCCUCGCCGUGGCAAUCCGUUCACCCGCCGGGGAUGUACCACCGUUACGCGCAGCCCUCGGACGGCCGAUGCGUCGGCGUGCGCCCCUGGAUGGACCCGCUGCCCAACCACGUUCCUUUCGACGGCUUCCCCUCCACUCGACGUUCCCCAAAGCCCGCAGCGGCUCCCUCCCCGCCCAGAAGCAAGGCAGCAGGCCCGCCGGAGGAGAGCCGACCGCCGUGUGGUGGCGUGUCCGAGGGUCCGGGAAAGGCGCGCGGUGGAAGUGAGCUUUCCAAAGAGGAGAAACACGUUGACCCAAGCAACCCGGCAGCAAACUGGAUCCACGCACGCUCCAGCCGGAAGAAGCGCUGCCCGUACAGCAAAUAUCAGACUCUGGAGCUGGAGAAGGAGUUCCUGUACAACAUGUACCUGAGCAGGGACCGGCGCUACGAGGUGGCCCGCAUCCUCAGCCUCAGCGAGCGGCAAGUUAAGAUCUGGUUCCAGAACCGCAGGAUGAAAAUGAAGAAGAUGAACCGGGAGAGAGGCGGCAAUUAAGGAGCACCGAGGACUUUUUUUUUCUCUUAUUAUAUUUUGAUACAACAAUAUCGUGUAAGUCAUUUCAAGCUAUGUUACGGAUCGGGCUGACAAAGAAGUAUUUGUACAUAAACAAUUUUCACUCACA